AUGUUGAGUCGCUGUGGACGUCAGGCCUCGCGCCUGAUCCCGCGCACGGCAAGCUCCGCUAUUCGGUCGACUGCCAUCCCUCUCCAGCUUCGUCCUGCGACGGUUGCUCCUUUGCGCCUGCCGGGACAAGGCCGCAGCGUGUCCUCUUCGACUCGUGAAGGACAGCAGACUCUGCUCUCCGCACCCCUCGAGGAGUCCGACCCCGCCAUCUAUGACAUCCUCCAGAAGGAGAAAAAACGUCAGCAACAUUUCAUCAACCUCAUCCCCUCCGAGAACUUCACAUCGCAAGCUGUCCUCGAUGCGCUGGGCAGUGUCAUGCAAAAUAAAUACUCGGAAGGAUAUCCCGGUGCCAGAUACUACGGUGGAAACGAACACAUUGACGCCUCUGAACGGCUAUGCCAGCAGCGUGCGCUCGAGACCUUUGGCCUUAACCCCGAAGAAUGGGGUGUGAACGUGCAACCGCUGUCCGGCUCGCCCGCUAACCUUUACGCCAUUUCCGCCAUCCUCAACACCCACGACCGCUUGAUGGGCCUGGACCUGCCCCAUGGCGGUCACCUGUCCCACGGCUACCAGACCCCCACCAAGAAGAUCUCGUUCAUCUCGAAGUACUUCGAAACGCUGCCCUACCGGCUAGAUGAGUCUACCGGUCUCAUUGACUACGACGCCCUGGAGAAGCAGGCGCUUCUCUACCGCCCCAAGCUCAUCAUCGCCGGUACCUCGGCCUACAGCCGCUUGAUUGACUACCCUCGCAUGCGCCAGAUCGCAGACGCCGCCGGCGCAUACUUGCUGAGCGACAUGGCUCACAUCUCCGGUCUCGUGGCUGCGGACGUCCUCCCGUCGCCCUUCGCCCACUCAGAUGUGGUGACUACCACGACCCACAAGUCGCUGCGGGGUCCCCGCGGCGCGAUGAUCUUCUUCCGCAAGGGUGUCCGUCGGACGGACAAGAAGGGCAACCCGGAGAUGUAUGACCUGGAGGGCCCGAUCAACGCGUCCGUGUUCCCUGGUCACCAAGGUGGCCCCCACAACCACACUAUCACCGCCUUGGCUGUGGCGCUGAAGCAGGCGCAGUCGCCUGAGUUCAAGACCUACCAGCAGACGGUGCUGGCCAACGCGAAGGCCCUGGCAGAUCGUCUUGGCAGCCCGCUCAGCAACGGAGGCCUGGGAUACAACAUCGUCUCUGGCGGCACUGACAACCACCUGGUGCUGGUGGACCUGAAGAACCGCGGGGUGGACGGCGCGCGCGUCGAGCGGGUGCUGGAGCUGUGCGGUGUUGCCAGCAACAAGAACACGGUGCCGGGUGAUAAGUCGGCUCUGAAGCCCGGUGGUCUACGUCUGGGCACGCCGGCCAUGACCACGCGAGGCUUCCAGCCAGAGGACUUCCGCCGCGUCGCAGACAUUGUGGACCGGGCGGUGAUCAUCACACAGAAGCUGGACAAGGCAGCCAAGGAGAGCGCGGCUGCAAAGGGUGUGAAAAACCCGAACACCGUCAAGGCUUUCUUGGAAUAUGUACGCGAGGGCGAGGAGAUUCCGGAGAUUGUGCUCCUGCGGCAGGAGGUGGAGGACUGGGCGGGAACAUUCAGUCUGCCUUGGGCUAAGGAUGAGUAG